GCUGAUUAUGAGCUAUGUGGAGGUCAAAGACAUACUGGUCCUGCGCAAGACGUCCCGCCGCCUGCGCGAUAUGAGCAAAUUGCGCUGGGUGUGGUACGACGCCAUGAAACGCCACGUCGUGCAAAAGGGCCUCCCCAUCCCCGCCGCGUCUGUGGCGGACCUCAAGGCACUCGAUGCAGCGCACCUAGAGGCGCGUGCCGUGCACGCCGUCAAGUUCGACGACAACUGGAACUCCCCACAUCCCGCCGCGCGGAAGGCGAUUGAAUUCUCUGCGCUCACAUUAGGGGACGACAAUCUCCCGGUGGACACCCAGACCUCGGUCUCGCACGUCGCGUUCCUGCCCGGGCGGAACGGGAAGUACCUGAUCACCGUCGUGGGGCGCGUGUUGACGUGUUGGGAGGUUCCGCUGGGGGAGUCGGAGGCGUAUCGCGUCGCAGAGUGGACCGCGGCGAGGACGAUUGAGCAGGUCAUUGUGAACGACGACCCGCAGAGCGACAUAGUCCUGGCGUAUGUCAGUGCACAUGCUAUAACUCAAGGCGUCGUUGAGUGCAGAGCGCUCUCCUUUGACAAGUUCCACGGGAGGUUCUGCUGCCGGAUGGAGCUUCGCGCGCAUCGACAAGCGGCGACCCCGCUCCACCUCCUGCGCAGCGAUUACCUUGUGUUCGGGGACCCCAUGCACGUCUGCUACCUCAGUGCACCCACUAUUGUGAAACCUCUGGGGAAAGCUUCUUUAGCAGAAUUACCGGAUAACUCUAUCCUCGCCGUUAAACCCGUCAACCGAUACCUCCUCAUUGUACGGCAGCGCACUUUUGAAGUCCUCCCUGCGCCUUCGUGGAGAAAAGUCCGUCCGCCGUACCCAGCCUUGAUUUCGGCGAGCUCUAGCAUCGAGAUGGACCUACCUGCCUCAAGCUCUGUCGUUGUCGUCCGCCAGGUCUUUGCUGCAUCCUCCGACGAGCUUCCCGAUUGGCCCGCAGAACCUGUGACAAUCCUAUCUCGAUAUUCGGAUGACGGGUUUGAGACGAUGCACCAGUACGACUUGCUGCCGAACCCCAAAGCGCAGGACUCGGAUGAAAAGGAGAAGCCGAGCAACCUGACGUUCGACCGCCUGCCCUGCGUCUUCCCCUCGCAGUACACGCGCGUCAUGAGCGUCGCCCCUUCCUCCUGCGACUUACGGAUUGGGCCGAGUGGGAAGGGUUUCUGGACCGAGACGCGAAAUGUCGUCGUGCGGCACGCGAAGAACCCGGCACGAUGUCUGGUUGGGUUCGAGGUGACAACCGCGGAGGGCGAACCGAAGGCCGGCGGCAAAAUAGGGCCUCCCACGGCGCGAGUUGAACUCUCGAAGGACGUCCUGUACGCGCGGCGGUGCAACAUUCACGAGAUUCUGUGGAAGAAGUACAUGAUAUCGGCGACUGCGCUGGAGGAUACUGUCGGCCGGAUCGCGGUGGGGGAUGUGACUGGGAACGUUGAGGUGCUGGACCUCGCAUGAUGGAAGGGAGGAAGGGAGGAUAUCUCGCGCAGGCGCACGUAACAUGUAUCGUAUAUAUCCCUGUAGUUUAGUCUGUAUCGCUGGCUGUGUAUA